AUGGGUUUCGAAUUCACGGCGUCCGGUUCACGAUCGUUUCAAGAGCCUGCCAUCCAGGCUGACGAUCACUUACAGCGAUUAGCGCAAAUGACCCAAGGUGUUGGCCAUACGGCCAUCUCGAAGUCCGACUCCACUGACGGAAGUGACCCGAACUCGAACGGUCAGCCCGACCCCACACUGUAUCAGUCAGCCGCUGCAGCAGCUUAUGUGCACCAGUACGGGAACUGGCCGAAUGCGUACUAUCAACAGUUCGGGCAGCCGAUGAAUCCUGCUGCGGCUGCAUUCUCUGCAUGGCCACCACAGUGCUAUGCUCCGCCACAUUGGCCAAAUUACGCGCAAUCCAAGAAGGGUCGACAAACCUAUCAACGAUAUCAAACAUCCGUUCUCGAGAAUAAAUUCCAACAGAGCAGUUAUGUAAGCAAGAAGCAACGUGAAGAGUUACGCUUACAAACCAAUCUCACUGAUCGCCAAAUCAAAAUUUGGUUUCAAAAUAGGCGAAUGAAAGCGAAAAAAGAGAAGAAUCGUACGGACGAGCAAAAUGAGCACUCAGCGCUGUUGCCCGCAAAUCCUCCGAAAGCCCUGGUCGAGACAUCACAAGUUGUGGACGUCGAUCGUGAGAAGAAGUCGGCGGCAGCUGCUGCGGCAGCAUCCGGAUGGUGUAUGGCACCGAUGCCGACUAUGCCUCAGCCAUGGACGAACCCUCCACCUCAUCCUUCAUAUGUACCAUAUCCUAUUUGUCCACCAAAUAUAUGA